AUGGGAAAUUGGGAGCCGAGCGUUCUUCAUCCAAAAAUGCACGAUUCUAUGAUGGCGCAAAUCGCCAUGGACGAACACCACAACAACGCUGGAAAUGAAAACGGCUUUGGCAAUAAUGAAGGAUGGGUGGACAUCAGUCACAGCUAUAACUCGUCACAACAUCAAUCGCCAAUAUACGAGCAUGGAGGGUUUUCAUUUAUGCAGCCAAUUCAACCACACCAUGGAAUUCCAUCCGAGUCAACAUUCAAUACACAAAGAAUAGCACCACAUCAACCCACCCAUUCUCUCCAGUCGCAUCACCAGUUGCAGCCUCUCAUCAUGCCUACUCACCCAACUUGGCCCAGUAUGUUGACAAAUCCAGCAAGCUAUUCAGCUCCUCCAGUCGCACUACCCCCAGCAUCUGCUCCUCCCGUCGUGAAAGCGAAUGGCAACAAGCUGCCAGGUGCUCUUACUCCAACCCCCAGGAAAACUUUGACCGACAAUGAUCGAAGGCGGAUGUGCCAAUAUCAUGAAGAGAACCCUACGGUAAAACAAACGGAAAUUGGAGGUAAGGCCGAAAUUCUCUCAAACUUUAGCGAGAUCCUUUACUAAAUCACUUUACAGCAAUGUUUGGAGUGGAACGAAGGUGAUUCAAGCGAGAAGCGUUUGAUCUUCUAUUGCUAAUAUCAUGUUUACAGUACUGUUUCGAAAGUUCUUCGUCAGAAAGAAAAGUAUCUCUUUCCUGAAGAUAGGAGUCUAUCUCCAGUGAAGCGAGCGAAAGGGAAAUUUCCAGAUAUUGAGCGCGCGCUUUCAAACUGGGUCAGGAACAACAUGAAAAAGGGGAUUCCCUUGACAGAUGCUUCAAUCAAAGAACAGGCGCGGUUUUUUGCCACCACAGUCGGAAAUGAUGAGAGUAACCUUAAAACCAAUAGCGCUAGCUGGCUCGAAAAAUUCAAACAAAAGAAUGGAAUUGGUUCAGGGCGGCUGUCGCGGAGGGCAUCAGAAACCAACAUCUCUGACACAGGAUCACUUAAUCCAGAAUCAGCAGCAGCGUCGGCAUCUCAAACACCUAGCGGUAUAUCACCAACAUCGCCCAUUGGUUUACCUUCGCCUUCCCCUCUAUCCGCAGCUAAGAGUCACGACGAUUUGAAGUCUGAAAGCAUCAAUGACUACUUGGAAUUUGGACAGGGACAUGGUAGCUACCGGCACUCAAAUUCUGAAAGUACUGCUUCCUUAUCAAGUGCUUUCACAGAUUCACAAACUCCAUUCUCAGCGGGAGGUACCAGUCCGACCACUCCGUUUUCAUUCUCUCCCGAAAACAAUUCCAGCUCUUGGAUGCCAUCGCAGCAAGCUCGGCUACCUCCACCUGGGAGUGGAUUUCAACGACCCCGAAGUCAAACAUUUCCUAUGCUUGGGAUUGAUCCCUCAUUCGUUGCGCAAGCCACAGAACCGCUGACGCCCAAAUAUAUGCCUGUCACAGAACCUUCUUCAGCAUUAGACUCACCGAUUAGGGAAAUCGGUCCUCCGUAUGGUAUGGAUUCCGCUGUAUCUUCACCGCCAUUACACCAUCGCAGCAGUGAUGGUUCAAUGGCUCCACCGUCUUCAAGUACUCCGAUCACCGGCAUGCAGUCCCCUCAUGGUUCCUCCGCACCCAAUUCUCCCACGCAGGACGACGCCCGAAGAGCUCUGGAUACGUUGUUGAACUUCUUCAACCAAGCCCCGAACGGAUUGGUCGAUCAAAACGAGUACAUGACGGUCUUGAAGCUAACGGAGAAGCUACGCAUUCAGAGCAAUACUCCACUUCCAGGAGGACUCCAUCGGAUUAGUGAGCAAGAGACGGAGCCAACUCUGGCGCCCAAAAUCGAGCAGUCCAUGAGCGCAGGUUGUUAAGCGCUCUGUCAUCGAGGCCCCCACCCAAAGCAACCCUUGUAUAUCUCGACCCCGAUUCAUUUCUUCGACCAUGUGUUCUUUAUCAGCAGCAGCAUCCAAUUUCGGUACAUUCAUCACGGCGUUCUUACCUUGAUCCUUCUAUAUUCAAUUCUUGUACAGCGAAGAAAACGACGCUCGAGCGUCUGAUUAUCGUUUCCCCAAUAUAUACCAUCAUAUUCGUAAAAAACCACCCUCAUCUAGCUAUAUCCUCUGAUCAUCUAUCUACUGUAUCCUCCCAUUAUUCUCCUUUUUUUCGUCUGUGUGCCUUGAAAACACCAGAUCAACUUUUGGAAGAAGAAAGCCAACCAAAACAAAACAAGAAAUUACCUCCUUAUACCCCCGAUACAACAUUCAUGCCGCUCACGCGAAUAUUGUCUCCACCUUUUUUUCUCUUCAUGAUGAUUUCUUUCGGUUUCUGGUUCACCUUUUUUCCUUCUUUCUUCUUUUAUUUUAUUCGUCGUUUGGGAACCCCUUCCCCCUUUUUUAUAUAUUCCAUUCAUGGGGUUUUCUUCUUUCUUUUAUGGGUCUAUAUAUCAACGGAUAGACCUCCAGAUCCGGACACGAGUCGACUUCUUUUGCCAUCUAGCUCUUUUUUUACGUUUUUUGGUUUUGUACUUUUUCUCGAUGGAUACCUCUUUGGCUUUAUGUGUUGUUCGUUAUCUUUUUCUGCUCCUGUAUUUCGACCUCUCUGUUUUUCUUUUGUGGUUUUCGGAAGGAAAACUAACUUAUUUCUUUGUUUUCCUCCCAUGGUUCUACGUUCUAUGUCUGGUAUGUCUUCUAUGUCUUCUAUGUCUCGACAUGAUGGGCCUGGCUUGGCUGGCUUUGGGUGAUGGAUAGCGGGCUGGAGGGAAUGGGGUGGGGAUUAGGAUCCUCGGAUCGAUCGGUCAGUUACCCACAUACACAUACACACACAAGGGUCUUUUGAAGCCUAUCCUAUCCAUCCGUUCAUUCAUGUGGUCUAGUGAAGGAAAGGGGGAUGGACAAACAUAGGUGGAGCAGCUUGGUUCGGGUAUCAUACGUGUUGCUAUGGGCUGAUUUGGGCCGGGACUCCGCUUAGCCUAGCUUUCCUGGAUCUAGCUACUGUAGCUCUUGGGAUAGCCGGAAUAUUUUUCUUUCUUUCUCUUCUAGAAACAAAUACAAGGAAAUGAAGAAUAUGAGAUGAAAAGAUACAGACAGAUAUGGAAAUAUAUAGAUACACAUUAUGAGAAAUACAUAAAGACAGAGAGAAUGAGAGAG